AUGUAUGCCAGGACGAAUGCAAGCAGCACACAUGGAGACUUUCAAGACAGAAACGGAGUAAACUACGUGUCAUCGUCAGAGUCUUUUGGCCACUGCUCCCAAUUGUUCUGGAAAAAGGACCCCAACGACUCCGGAGUAAGAAAACCCCCAAUAGCUAGCGAGCUCAGCCAGCAAACGAAGGCAGCAAGCGGCCAGUGGGGCACCAUGCUCCUCACCAAGCACCAACUGAAGCCUGUUUAUUACGCACAGAGGCCCGCUGUGGCGUUUGCUGCUCGUCCAUGUUAUACCGCCACCGACCCCUUUGGGGAAUUAAAUCCAAGUUCAACCAUCAGCUGGUGCGAUCAGCUGCCCUCCUCCUCUGCUGCCCUGUCUAGCUCCAGUCUGUCCUCAGCGUCUCUCUCUACCUCCAGCCUCUCCAUGGAAUCCCAAGCACCAGCACCGGCCCCGCCGCCGCCGCCGCCAUCAGCAACAACAGCCACAGCGGAUGACAUGGACUCGGACGAGAGGCCAUAUGUGUGUGACCUGUGCAGCUGUGCCUACAAGCACGCCAGCUCGCUACUGAACCACAAGCUCACCCACAAGACUGGAGACUUCAGGUGUGACUUCUGCAGCAAGCCCUACACCAACUACAUGUCCCUGCGCAACCACAUGCGGAUUCAUGGUCAGAAGCGCUACAUGUGUGACCUGUGCGGGAAGGCCUUCCGCCUGGCACGCUACCUCCGCAACCACCAGAGGAUCCACGAUGAUGGGCCCAACCGCUUUGACUGCCCCUCCUGCUGUAAGAGCUACAGAACCAUGCUGGAGCUGGCCCAGCACCGCUGCAGCGCCGCAGCGUCCAAUCAGAACCGGUUCAACUGCCCGUCCUGCUUUAAGAGCUACCGAACCAUGCUGGACCUGGCCCAGCACCGCUGCAGCGCCGCGGCCAAAAACCAGGUUGGUGUGAGCGUGCGUGUGUGUGUGUGUGUGUGUGUGUGUGUGUUGCCGCAGCUGAAGGCCUUUAUGUCUGAGCAGCACCAGCAGCUGGAGGAAGAGCCGUUUGGAUCUCAGUCCCCUCACACUCAUCUGUCACAGCUCCAGUUGUGCUUCUGUCUGAUGCCUGGCAGCGGCGGCCGGCGCGGCAACUUCUCGGCCGCCCCUCGCCGCCAGCAGCAGCAGCAGAACAGCGGCGGCUCCCUGAUGCAGCCCCCGCACGGAGGACACGGCCAGCAGGAGCCCCUGCCCUCGCACUGCGUCUCUCCCAUGUCUCAGGGGGGGCAGGGCGGCGUGGCCAGCCAGCCCGGGCCAGACCCCCACCAGCAGGGCCGGCCCAGCUCGGUGCCCUCCCAGAGCAGCCAGCAGAGCAUGAGGAGCUCCACCUCCAACAAACACGUCCCCUCCUCCAGUGCCAACCCGUCCUCCUACUCCCUGCUGCAGCCCCUGGUGCCAGAUGUGAAGGAGAUCAGCUCGGGAUACACCAGACUGAGCGCCAACCCCAUGGUAGGACAGAGCGCCUCCUGUGCAGCCCAGGGCCCGCUGGACCCAGGGCCCGCUGGGCCCACGCCGGACCUUACCUACAGCCCACCUGCCACUGACUGUUGCCCUUUUGUCUCCUCCCAUCUGUGUCUUUCCCUCCUCCCCCUGCAGCCCAAGCACCAGGACACUUUCUCUCUGGCCCCCCAGCGGCCCCUCACCACCAUCAACCCCAUUGGCCACUCCCUUCAUCCGAACGGAGCGCCCUCAAUCAAGCCUUCCCCCGUGCCCCGCAGCAUCCAGGCCAUGCCCUGGGAGCAGCGCUCCCUCUACAACCAAUAA